AUGACGGAUCUGGAGAAGCCCAAUCUCGCAGGCCACAUGUUCGACGUAGUCGUGAUUGGAGGCGGCAUCUCAGGAUUGGCUGCUGCCAAACUGUUGUCUGAAUACAAAAUUAAUGUCUUGGUUUUGGAAGCCCGGGAUAGAGUUGGAGGAAGAACAUAUACUGUGAGGAAUGAGCAUGUCAAAUGGGUAGAUGUUGGUGGAGCCUAUGUGGGACCAACCCAGAACAGAAUCUUACGCUUGUCUAAGGAGCUAGGCAUAGAGACCUAUAAAGUGAAUGUCAAUGAGCGUCUAGUUCAAUAUGUCAAGGGGAAAACUUACCCAUUCCGUGGUGCAUUCCCACCUGUGUGGAACCCCUUGGCAUAUUUGGAUUACAACAACCUAUGGAGAACAAUGGAUGAAAUGGGAAAAGAGAUCCCCGUUGAUGCACCGUGGCAAGCAAGACACGCUCAGGAAUGGGACAAGAUGACCAUGAAAGAUCUCAUUGAUAAAAUCUGUUGGACAAAAACUGCUCGGGAAUUUGCGUAUCUUUUUGUGAACAUUAAUGUGACUUCUGAGCCUCAUGAGGUAUCUGCCCUGUGGUUCCUGUGGUAUGUGAGGCAGUGUGGGGGCACUGCUCGGAUAUUCUCAGUUACCAAUGGCGGCCAGGAACGGAAAUUUGUAGGUGGAUCUGGCCAAGUAAGUGAACAGAUAAUGGGUCUCCUUGGAGAUAAAGUGAAGCUGAGCUCUCCUGUUACUUAUAUUGACCAAACAGAUGACAACAUCAUUGUAGAAACACUGAAUCAUGAACACUAUGAGUGCAAAUACGUAAUUAGUGCCAUCCCACCGAUUUUGACUGCCAAGAUCCACUUUAAACCAGAGCUUCCACCUGAGAGAAACCAAUUAAUUCAGCGUCUUCCAAUGGGGGCUGUUAUCAAGUGCAUGGUGUAUUACAAGGAAGCCUUCUGGAAGAAAAAGGACUAUUGUGGCUGCAUGAUCAUUGAAGAUGAGGAGGCUCCAAUCGCCAUCACUCUGGAUGACACUAAACCAGAUGGGUCACUGCCUGCCAUCAUGGGCUUCAUACUUGCCCGGAAAGCUGAUCGACUUGCUAAACUACAUAAAGACAUAAGGAAGAGGAAAAUCUGUGAGCUGUAUGCCAAAGUUCUGGGAUCUCAAGAAGCAUUAUAUCCAGUCCAUUAUGAAGAGAAGAACUGGUGUGAGGAGCAGUACUCCGGGGGCUGCUACACAGCCUACUUCCCUCCUGGUAUCAUGACCCAGUAUGGAAGGGUGAUUCGCCAGCCAGUAGGUAGGAUUUACUUUGCAGGCACAGAGACAGCAACACAGUGGAGUGGCUACAUGGAAGGAGCAGUUGAAGCUGGAGAACGAGCAGCUAGAGAGGUGUUGAAUGCUCUAGGAAAAGUCGCGAAGAAGGAUAUAUGGGUUGAAGAACCCGAGUCCAAGGAUGUUCCAGCCAUUGAAAUUACCCACACCUUCUUAGAGAGGAACCUGCCUUCCGUGCCUGGUCUGCUCAAGAUCACUGGUGUUUCCACUUCUGUGGCUCUUCUCUGCUUUGUAUUGUACAAGAUUAAGAAGCUCCCAUGCUGAAGUUUCACCCUCAGGCCUCCUGCACGAUCAUCGCAUGUGAAAGAAAGUGUGGAUAAAUUACAGCCUAUGGUUUGGGCCAUUUAAGUGCACUUGAUUUAACCCUCAUCAGUUUAAUUUCAGUCUUUGUAAAGUGAUAACAAUCCAAAGAAUCACCUAGCUAAUUUCCAUAAGAACAAGUUUCAUCCUGUUUGUUAGACUAAUUUGUGUGGGUUGAGAGAAUAAAAUGUUGAGUGCUUAAUUUCAAAAAGUGAAGUGCUUCUGAGGAAUAAUUUCUGGGUUCUUUUGUUUUCUUUUUGCCUUUAAUGCAAAAUAGCUAAUUCAGAAAUAAAACACUUGACUUACUGUGACUUUUGUGUAGCGUCCAAGGUGUACAGAGGAAAAUAGUGGCUGAAGUGUUCCCUAGGUAUCCUCACUGACUAGCUCCAUGUGAUACACACUACCCUUGGCACUUUCUUUUCUGGACUGUAUCUAGACAUGCAUUGACCCUUGUCAGUAACAUUCU